GACCCAGUGUAUUUCCUUUGUUCGAAUAGGGAGGCAGCAGACAGCUGCUUGCAUCGGAACCAAUGGAAAGAAGGCGGCAAGUCACUCCAGUCAGUUGCCUCGAACGCGCUGUCGGGAGUAGUCGGUGUCUGCAGCAUCCCUGUCGCUGUCUCCGGCAAGCGCUGAGGCGUGGCCAAGCUUUACAAGGAGACGCUGGCCAAAUGGUGCAUGAACCGGCUGAUAAAUACGAUGGACAACUACACGAAUGGGCCGGACAGUGUUGAGAUCUACUACCCUCGAGAGGCGACAAUUUUUGCGUCUAUCUGCGCCGUGGUCUUCAGUGUUUUAGGUGUAAUAGGAAACCUCAUAACAGCGAUAGCAUUGCUUCGGUGUUCCAAACUGCGGCAUCACGCGACUACCGCCUUUGUCAUCAGCCUCUGCAUGUCUGACCUGCUGUUCUGCGCCAUCAAUCUGCCUCUCACUGCUUCACGGUACAUCAAUCAGGCCUGGGUGCUCAGUUCCACACUCUGCAAACUGUUUCCAUUUUUCUUUUAUGGCAAUGUAGCUGCAUCCCUCCUCAGCAUGGUGGCCAUCACAAUCAACAGGUAUAUUCUCAUUUCAUACCACAGCCUCUACGAUAAACUAUAUGCCCCACGGUACAUCUCUCUUAUGUUGGUGUUCGUGUGGGUGUUCAGUUUUUCCAUGAUGGUCCCCCCACUUGUGGAAGUGUGGGGUUAUCUUGGUUUGGAUCCUCCAACAUUCUCUUGUACAAUCCUCAAGAAAGAUGGCAAAUCACCAAAGAAGAUGUUAUUUGUCUUAGGAUUUAUAUUGCCCUGCGUUGUGAUCAUCACGUCUUACUCGUGCAUCUACUGGAAAGUGCGGCAGAGCCGGAGAAAUCUACAGGCACAUAACGCAGUUGGACCCAAACCUAACAAUGCGGCACAUCAAUUCCUGCAGAGACGCGAGGACAUUCGACUGACUCGUCUUAUGCUCAUCAUCUUCUGCUGCUUUCUCCUCUGUUUCCUGCCACUGAUGCUUGUCAACGUUGCAGAUGAUGAGAUUCAUUAUCCAACAAUUCAUGUAAUGGCUUCAGUCUUGGCAUGGGCAUCUAGUGUGGUGAAUCCAUUCAUAUAUGCGGGCAGUAAUCGUCAGUACCGAGCUGCUUAUCGCAAACUUCUGUGCUGUGUAAGCUCACAAGGGCGUGGAGAUACUGGCUAUCGAACAGGGGCCCCAGCUGGAGGUGGCAGUGUUACUCAUUCCCACUCGGGUUCAGGGAAGACAUUCAUCACAGACACGUUCCAAUAUAACGCAGCUGCAGACAAAGUGAACAUAGUGAGGGCAAAUGGCAAUGACUGAAAUAACAUUACAGCAACAUUUAAAGUAAACUUCACUGUACACUGGUUGCCAAACAAAUGACAAGAACUUCUGCAGCCAACUUGCUUAUUCAGGGGAUAUCUUCCUGCAGUUCUUACUGGCACAUUGAUCAGCAAAUUAAAAACUGAGCUGCAACUUUCUCCUGUUGCAUUAUUUGACAAGAAAUGCCAGUAAGCUCAACUUGUCCAAACAAGAUUUAAAGGAAUUGAUUUCUUCUAACAAUACAAUACUGUUCGCAAUGCACCUUUAAACAAGAUGGUUAUAGCAAUAAUUCAUUUGCUUCAGUUGGUUUGGAGACAGUGCAGAGCAAAUAAAAUGAUCUCUUCCACAGUCACCAAAGAAAGAGAACACAUGAUUAUGGAAACAGCUGUCAAGAAUCAAAUGAAUGACAAACUACACUUCACAAGUAUUGGUGGACAUAAAAUUAAACCAACUUGAAUUAUUAAAAUUAACAAUAAUAGCUUUAUGUAUUUCAGCAAAGAUGUUUAUCAUGUACUGAACUAUGUACAGUGAAUUUCAUAUGAUAUAAAGACUUUUAUGGCAAAUGUGACCAAUUUAUUUGGCACAUAUCAUUAGAAGUUACAAUGAAAAUGGUCCGCUCUUAUUAACAUUGUUAAUCAAUAUGCCACAUUUACCAGUUUGUGCCAUAUGAUAUUUGAAUUCAGCAAAAUGAAGCAUGAAAAACAUGAAUGAAGACAUGGCAGCAGUAUUAAAAAUAAAUAAAAAUCACUGAGAAUAAGAAAUUAAUUUAUAUUACAGCAGUCUGAGAGAUGACAAAUAUAAGGUACGUAAGCACCUUAUUAAAUUAAUGUUAACUUUUAUGGAAGUAGAUUUGGAAAAUGUUUUCAUUCCUUUUCUGGCACUGCCUAUAAAAUUUCAUAAAAAUAUGAAUUAUAUUAUAAUGCAAUGUGUACUUCAUGGAAUAGUUUUAUCCACAAUUCACAGUGUGUUUCCUGUGUACUGGAACUAUUCUAUCCACAACAGUGAUAGGGUUAGGACAGAAAACAUUAAAAUAAUAUCUGUUUAAUUCUGAAAUCAUUAUGAACAUUACUGAACUUACAUUUUAAUCACAAAAUACAAGUGCCAACAAUAUGCUGAUAUUAUUCUAAAUAAUGGAUGUUAGCUGUAGUGUGUAAACUCGUUAAUUUUAAAGGAUGAAUUAAAAAGAGUUGUAUCUUACAUUCAGAGAAUUGAAAAUAAAUGGAUAAAUAAAUCAAUAGUAAUUUCAGCUCAUAACACAUUAAAUUUAUAUAUAUGACACUGCUCUGUCAUCUGUGUAAAACAGAAAAUAAAAACUGUGUACCAAAAGUAAAAUAAAUAUGACUGGACUCAAGAUUAAGAAUCAAGGCAUUAUAUCACAUACACAGGUAAAUUUAUUUGGGAAUAUCAGUAUGGAUUGUGUCAUUACAGACAAAUAACUGAUCAGAUAUUCUGCAUUUGAACUGAACAAAAAAUGGGAAUUUGCAUGGAACACUGCAUCAACUAUUUAUUAAUUCCAAGAAAGCCUAUGACUCAGCCAGGACAGAAGUAUUGUAUUGUACAAUAUUCUCAAUUAAUGUGGUAUAGCCAUGAAGCUGGCCGGAUUAAUUAAACUGUUUAAAUGAUGAUGAUAAAAUAUAUACUCAUACCUA